AAGAAUUAAAAUAUAGACGAGUGUGACCAGCAAAGGCGGGAUAGCGAAAUAGUUAAAAAGGGAAACAUGAAAAAAUGCAAGCUCUAGAAGGAAAGCACACGAUGACACCAGCAUUGUUCCAAUGGCGAGGUUCAGCACAGCAGGCACCAAUCCACUGUUUUCUCCCCUUUUGGAAAUGCCGGCAUACUGGCCUCUUUUUAAACUAGGGAAAGUUGGCUUCAACUAGAAUAACCAACAGCCGACGUCAAUUCAAAGCGGGUGGCAAGUCAGAAAAAGGAAGACUGAGGAAAGAACAGAAACGCCUACAAUGAGUCAACAAAUAGCAGCAUUUUGACAUAAGACGCCCGCAGUUUACUCGGUAUUAACCAUUCAGCUGUCGCAAUGUGAAACAAUCAGCAUAGUCAGACAAACGGACCAGAAAACACAGCUUCCUUUCAAUCUGUCUGGAACAGAGAAGCCCUGGAUGCCACAUUGACAAAGUUCUGCCCUUCUCUCCAAUCAGAAUUACGCUGAAAGGUCAUAGACCUGAAACGCUAACUUUGUUCCUCUUUCCACAGAUACUGCCUGACCUGCUAUUUCCAUCAUUUGCAGUUUUUAGAACAGGGAAGCUGUAAGAGGAAUAAUAACGUCCAGCGACAUCGAAUGUUCGGCGGUUAAAAUGAGCACCUCAAAAUAUUCGAGAAACUGUAGCGAAGAACAUUUUUAUGACACAUCUGAAUUUAGGUACACGGCUUCCUGUGUAUUUUACAGCUUUCUAUUUAUUGUGGGACUCCCGCUAAACAUCGCAUCACUUUGUGUUUUAAUACGUAGCAGAAAAGGACUGACUGAAAUCAAAAUCUACAUGAUCAGUCUAACAGUGUCUGAUCUCCUGUUCGUUACAUUUUUUCCUUUCUGGAUUGAUUACUUCUAUCGCGAAGGCAACUGGAUCUUCUCCAGUUUCAUGUGCAGCCUCUGGGGAUCUCUGUAUUACAUCAAUACUUACACAACUAUCUUCCUUUUGGCUCUCAUCAGCUUCACUCGUUAUCUCGCCGUCUCAAAGCCGGUGAAGGUGGCUCAGUCGAGACAGAACGCAAGAGGUUUCGCCUUAACUGCUUUAAUCUGGACAACAACGAUAUGCUUUUCUUUACCGACUUUAAUCAAUCACAAAGAUCACAUUAACAAAACAAACGGGAGCAAUGCAAAAUGUUUUGAAAAUUAUCGGGAUAAAGACAUCAAAAGAAAAUUACUACCUAUUCAUUUGCUAAUGUUCCUGGGGUUUAUCGUUGGUUUUGGAGUGGUCAUUACCAACAGUGUCCUUAUCCUUCGAAGACUAUCAAUUGAUCGGAGGAUAUUCAGAAGUUCGCAAAAGUUGAAGAUACGGGCUUUUCGAAUGGUGCUUGCGGUCCUGGUCAUUUACAUUGUUUGUUUUCUACCUUACCAUAUGGUCCAUCUGCCCUGGACGCUUUUAGUUCUCAAUUUCUGGGAAUCUGAGGACUGCACUUUUAGAAAAUCUGUCAACGAUGUUCAUCAAGUCUCUCUGUGCCUGAUGUGUAUCAACUGCAUUCUGGACCCCAUUCUUUACUGCUUCCUGACAACAGGUUUCAGGCAAUAUCUUGAAGAAUUAACAGAGUCCUGGAAAUGACGCUGGAAGAUUCAUCCUGUUAAAAUUGGGAGGAGUUUGGGAUUUUAUUCACAAGACGACAAUUCUUUAAUGUUGCGUGGUGACCUGGGCAACUGCAGGGAGCCCAUUUGGUGCUGACUGGGUUAAUGAGAAAUUGAUUGUACGCCUAGGCCUAAGAGAAAAAUACUACAACCUUGAGAAGAAUACAAUCUUGUCUGACCACAGUUGGAGGAUGAGCCAACAUUCCAUUUAGUUCUUUCUCAGGCCGAAUGUAAUCAGGGUUGUGAUAAGCAACAGCGUAACCAAACAUCUGUUGUGAGGGAAAUGGAAAUUUACUGGAACAUGGAUUGGUCAGUUAACUUAUGCAUAUAAACGGAUAGGUUUGCUGCAAAACUUUCUGAUUGGCUGUAAAAAUGCUUUUAACAAGUCGGCGUGUAUUCUAC